ACACACAGCAAGUGCUCUCCUCCCAGCCAGGCUGCUUCCUUAUCCCAUCCAGAAGACCACAAAGUUCAACAAUGGCCAUCACUGACAUCCUUUCUGCUAAAGAUAUUGAAUCUGCUCUCUCCAGCUGCCAGGCUGCGGAUUCCUUCAAUUAUAAGUCUUUCUUCUCCACGGUGGGCUUAUCCAGCAAAACUCCUGAUCAGAUAAAGAAAGUUUUUGGAAUCCUUGAUCAGGACAAGAGCGGCUUCAUUGAAGAAGAAGAGCUUCAGCUGUUUCUGAAGAACUUCUCUUCGAGUGCCAGAGUCCUCACCUCUGCGGAGACCAAAGCUUUCCUGGCUGCAGGUGACACCGACGGCGACGGCAAAAUUGGAGUAGAAGAAUUCCAGUCUCUGGUGAAGGCAUAAACAGCGUGAGACCAAAGGCAGCCUUGGACUGACUCUUCCAAUUACCUCGUCCAACAAGCACUUCGCACUCUGCAUGUGUUUGUACAUUUUUAUAUUGUUUCAGGCAUCAGCAGUUCCCCAUACAUCAAGUUCACACAAAGCAUUGCUGAGAAGUCUCGCAAUGUACAACAGCUGUUUCCAUUGUAAAGAAGGCACUUUGUGAUUUUCAGCUACUCAUAAUGUUGAAAUUGUGGCCAGAAGAUGGGAGAAAAAAAAUGCUGUUUUUUCAAUUUUGUUCAGGCUUUCCAUCCUCACGUUUAACAUGCUGACUUCCCACACGCAGUGUCAAUGAUUUUAAACAAUAUGAUCUCUCUUACGACAAAA